AUGGCAUCUCUCGUCCGCCUGCCCGCUCCUCGAAGGGCCCCGUCAUCCAUCCCAUCCAUCUGCUCCGCACCAACUCCCCUCGCAACCCGCCAAUUCCACACCUCCGGCCAGCUUCGUCCAUCACCAUCCAAGGUGACCACCGCCAUCAAACCAACCUUCAAGAACCCCGCCUACACCAUCCGACCCUACCACUCCCCCCUGCACCCACGUCUCCCACCACACGAAUACACCAACAGCCAAACCGCCAUCCUAACCGCCUCCCUCCCACACAUUCCAUCGCAAGGUUUCACAAACGCAGCUCUCACCCUCGGCGCGCGCGACGCAGGCUUCCUCGAUGUCUCAGUGCAGCUCCUGCCGCGUGGCGAAUUCGACCUCGUUCUCUUCUGGCUUGCCAGUCGGCGCGGCCUGUUGCGGGGCAAGGUCGAGGAGGGCGCGCUUUUCACCCGCGCUGCGGCGGAGAGGGGGCGCGAGGUUGGGGGGUUGAGCGUGGAGGAGAAGGUGAAGAUCCUAGUGUUGGAACGGCUGCGUCUGAAUAAGGAUGUGAAGGAGGUCUGGCAGGAUGCCCUCGCCCAAAUGUCCCUGCUAGGCAACAUCCCUCUCGCCCUCACUGAGCUGCACGCCCUAUCUAACGACAUCCUCACCCUAUCCGGCGACGCUGCCGUCGACGGAUCCUGGUAUGCGCGACGCCUAGGACUAAGCGCCAUCUAUGCUAGCGCCGAGGUAGUUAUGACGCGGGAUCCGACGCCGGAGCUGGUCGAGACGGAGGCGUUUGUGGAGCGCCGGUUUGCUGAUAAGGAGGCGCUUCGAGAAAAGGUCGAGGGGGUGGGGUCUUGGGUGGGCUUUUUGGGGAGCACGGCUGUUGGGGUGGGGAGGAGUUGGGGGUUGAAGAUUUGA